UCUGAACACAGUUUGAUUUACUCGCGGGAGGCCGAAUAGUACAGUUUCUUUCGAAUCUUUCUGCCUCCAACACUUGAUUAUUUCAAAUUUUAUGUUUUCUUUUUAUUAAUUUAAAGGUCAGGAAAAUAAGAAGAAAUAAAUAAUAUGAGUUUGAUUAUGAGGAACUUGGCAUUCAGUAUGCUAAUUGUGGUUUCUUCGGUAUUCUUCGUGAAUAGUUUUCCGGAUGGAGCACCAGUGGAUACAUGUGUGAAGCCAUUAAAAGCCAACGAGCCGAAUCAUGGUCAAGCAAGGUCACAACCUGUGCAAACGAGCCCUUACACAUUCAUUGCUUCAUCAUCGCAAUAUGGUCCUGGAUCUCAAAUAACUGUAACUAUUAGCGGCUCGUCGUUCAAGGGAUUCUUCUUGCAAGCACGUGACCCUGAUACAGAUAGUUGGAUCGGUUCUUGGGCGCAAACCGAUAACACGAACACUCAUCCCGAAUGUAGUGCUGUGACACAUGCCGAUCCUUAUGUGAAACAACAUGCUACACUUAUCUGGAAUGCACCGCCGAACGCGCGUGGACGCGUGUACUUUACAGGCACUAUUUUGAAAGAAUAUGCGAAAUAUUGGUCCAAUUUGGUUGCUACGACGAAGAAUUGAGUUUCCAUAUUCAUAUUCAUUUAACAACAACAAUUUUGGUUUCAAGAAAGUAUGUAUCGUGAUUCACGAACGGAUGAAAGGAAGUUGCAACACGUCGAUGAAAACUCUCGAGAAUAUCGCAAAAUGAAAACGUAUAUAUACUUUGUAUUAUCUUACAUAUUGAUUUAUUUUUUUAUAAGAAGAUUUUUAUAAGAUGAUUUUAAAUAUACAAAAGUUACAACUUGA